UCUAAACUCUUACUCGACUGAGCUGAACACUUAGGAAUGAUUUAAUUAUCCCGACGGACAAGCAUGCUAACAGCAUUCUUAUAAUGCCGUUUUUAAUUGUUAGGAACAAAGACAUUGAACCGAUAUGUUGUCCGAAAAAAAGCAAGAGAGACAAAUCUUCAAAUUGUGUUGCGACUUUGAUUGUAACUUAAUGACCAGCCGCUUCAGUCAACACAUGACUUCAGGUCACAUUAACACAACUUUACCGUAAAUAGUAUUCGUGGCUUAUUCGUAAAUAGGGAUCAUUUAUCGUGCACGACUCUUCUUGUGAUUUGUAAAGUCAUGUGAUUUCCGCAUUUUUUCUCGCUGGCAGCUACUGUGGACAAAUACACGCACACGCACGCGCACACACACACACACAGGCAAGCAGGCAGACAGGGACGAUGUUUACAUUAAAGUAGAAGUCAUGAUCUAAUGUUUAAAUGUGCUGAAGUAGGAAGCAUGCACCUUAGUCCCUCUCAUAGCAAUAACAGGGCUGGAUUACAUGCACAUAGCCCACUAUGGUUUCCUCUUGAGUCAGUACAGGAAGUCUGCUUGACUGGGUUAUGGUCAACAUUACUGCCACAAUAUUAGACUUUAUCUACAGUAAAUAAGAGCCCAGUUAGAACAUGUUUUACAGAUUGCAUUUGGAGUUGACACACGUUAAGGUAUAUAUGGGACGGUCGGUGGGGAAAGCCCAUAUAGUCCCAGUUAAGGGGAGUUUCUUAGUGCUACAUCUCAGUCAAUACUUCUUACUUUUCGUUUACUGUUUCAACUGCUUUGGCUAUUCUUCAUAUUUAACUAAAUAUUUUUAACUGUCUAUCCUUUAUUUUUCAUCCAUUCUUUUUUUGUUUUUAAGUAAUCUGUGUAUAAUUGACUUUUCAUCUAACGAUUUAAAUCCCUCAUCCGUUACUUUCAGCUAACUGAGUAAUCCAACUUCUCUGCUGGUCUGCUAACUAGAUCUCAUGCAUUCUCAAUCACCUCUUGUGAUUAAGGUUUUCAAAUUGACUCAUUAUAGACAAAAUAUUUACUAACGAUCAGAUCAAAUCAGUGGCUAAACUCACACGGAUAUUUAUUUUCCUUAAACACCGAUAUGUGGAUUAUACUGUGUGUGUGUACAUACAUACUCAUAUCUACACUGUUUACACAAUAUAUUGGUUUAUACAGUAUAAACACAGUUUGGGGACAUCUUUUAUAUUGAUGUUUUUCUCCUUUCUUUCAAUAGGGACUAUUUUAACAGAGACAAAAAGAUUAUAAUUCAGACACCAAAUAUAAUAUUUAUGUUUUGAAAUAGCUUCACCUUUAAAAGACGAAGAGUUAAGGAAUAAAACGUGUGUUCAUUCAAUGUCCCCACAGUCUUUACAUGUCGGGGGAGAAUACUGUUGGAACAUUUUAUCCCCAAAUACCCUUCAAUGUUGAAUUUGUUUUCCAGUGCAGAAAAGCACAAGUGACCUUCAAUCAGUAUUGAACCACAACAGAGCUUCUAUUUGGCCUCUAAAUAUUCUGGGUAGCUGUUUUUCAUUGGGCCCUCUGCAGUCUACUCAGUAUUUAGAUUGAAGGGAUUUAAACUGUGAUUCAUCAUUAUGUUCAACUCGUAUUCAAAUAGUGUUGUUAACCCUACAAGCAAGUAUUCCCGCUAGUUAUAGGUGUUAUUGUGCACUGAAACAGGAACUUGUGGGAAUCUGCACACAUUUUUAGGUUAAACUUUCAGUUUCUUUCACCAACGACUGGGGAUCUCUUCUGUUUUCAUCCAGCUGUGGUUCAGGGGCAUAUUUGUCUUUUUCUGCGCUUGUCAGUCCGGUUGAACUAUUGUACAGCGUUUUGUUCUCCAUGUACAAAACAUUACGUCGUCAUUUUAAAACCCUUCAUACUAAAUAACAUUUGCUGUUUUAGACAUUAAACUGUACAUGCAGUGGGGUCCAUAAAUGCAUUCUUUUCAACGUUUGGUGUGGAAGAACAUCCCAGUUUAGGAGUGAGAUGUUCAACAGUCGUGUGUAGGUGUAAUAUCUGGAUGAACUUGUGACUGAGUACUUUGGUUACAGACCUCUCUGACUGACGAGUGAGUGAUAGAACGAGGUGAUUAAAUGUGUUGUGUGUCCUCACAGCUCUCCGUCAUGGCCUACCAGGCUGGGAUGCUAGAGGACCCCAGUGCUCUGGUUCACAACAUAAGCUCCAACAUCCAGAAGCUGGCACUGCUGACCUCGGAGCUGCAGAGAGCAGUUUCUCGGCUGGGAACGGAGCAUGACAGCGGCCAGCUGCCACAGACGCUGCAACAGAAACAGCAGCAAGGCAACCAGCUAGCGAAGGAUACUGACAGGCUGAUCAAAGCAUUCAGUGCACUUCCUGUUGGCCCUGAUCAGCGGCAGAGAAAGUUACAGAAAGAGCGUCUGGUGAACGACUUCUCCGCCGCCCUGAACAGCUUCCAAAAGACCCAGCGGCAGGCGGCCGACAAAGAGAGAGAGUUUGUGGCCAGAGUGAGAGCCAGCUCCAGGGUGUCUGGAGGACAGCCUGAUGACAGCUUCGGAAAUGUGCCUGCUUCCUUUAGUGAUGCCCAGGUGCAGGCUCAGGCUGAGGCCAUCACUGAAGAAGAUCUGAGGCUGAUCCAGGAGAGAGAGUCGUCCAUCAGGCAGUUGGAGUCGGACAUCACAGAUAUCAAUGACAUCUUCAAGGACCUGGGGAUGAUGGUCCAUGAGCAGGGAGACAUGAUAGACAGUAUAGAAGCCAAUGUGGAGACUGCAAAUGUGAAUGUCCAGAACGCAACCCAGCAGCUGUCACGUGCCGCAGAAUACCAGGGGAGAUCCCGGAAGAAGAUGUGCAUCCUGGGGAUAGUGUUGGUUGUAGUUGUUGUUAUUAUUGGACUCAUCAUCUGGGCUUCUGUCAAACAAUGAAGGCUUCUUCUUCUUCUUCUUCUUCUUCUUCUUCUUCCUCUCCUCCACCUCUCCUGGUUAGUCAUCAACCUGGACAAAGCAUGAAUCAUCGUCCCUCCUCUUCCUCUUUUUCUCACCCCUCUCACAAGGGGAGUCAUUCGGACUGUCUGCCUUUUAUUUGACUUGAUUACAGUUUUAAGACGUAGCUGUACUCAUUGACAGGAUUGCACACUCCUUCACUGUGAAAACCAAACUAGGGUUGAGGGCUUUAUUGUUAUAACCAGCUUUAAUUGAAUUAUUUGUGUCUGAGUUUGGCACCGGUUAACUUUAUGGGAAAGCUUAAAUGCUUUAGUCCUCACCUGAUCUUCAGAGUGAGGCGGGAACACAGGUGGAGUAUUGCUGCGUCUCUGUACCAGAAAGUUUAUUAAGACACAGUACAGACAAUGCUUCUGGGUGCAAUGGAGCAGCAAGUUGCACAAGGCAGGUAAGAGCUGAUAAACCUUCAGAUCAGUGAUGUUGCAGCAGCUGCUUUCUUUCAUCAAGUCAGAUAUGAAGAACCCACGCAAUAAGCUGCAUUCAGCUUAUUCCAACGCAGUGCUCUCAGUGACAAUUCCUUCUUUUUUUUUUUUUUUAAAUCUAUCACCUCCUUUAUUUUGCAAUAUAAUUAAUUAAAAGGUAUUGUUCAUUUCUAUACAAAUGCAUGUCCUGUACUUGUAUUCUAAUGAUGAAUCAGGAAGUACGUACCCAUACUAAAUCUUGUGAUUAGGACCAUGUAAUACACUCCACUGCCACCAGUCAUUCCAAGUAAUACGAUUCUGUUCUUACUUUAUUUAAGUAGGUAGUGCGUCUCCUUUGUUUUUAAUUGAUCAUCUUAGAGAGAUUGACGACAUCGCAGACGAUCACACACAAAGAAUGUAAGUGCAACAUGUAAUAAUAGUUCAAUGUGUGCGUUGUGGUUUGUUUGACCCUACUUUAUGCUUCUUUUGAAGGCUAUGCACACCACACAGGUGUUUUCAAUUAUCUGGCUGAUUAGAGCUUGUUACAGGUCAAAGGUGGGACAAUCAAUCAUGGUCCAGAGGAGAGGUCUAAUCGGCUGAAUUAACACCUGUGUGGGGGCUUGACUAAGUACUUUCUGUGACUGACAACCAACAGUAACCGUCUUCAUCUCUUUAUUCUUAAGGAACCAUAAAUGUAACUGAAAGUAAAGUGAGUGACAGCAAACACUAAUUAUUAUUUGCUACAACCAUUUGACCUAUAUGUAAAAUGAUGAUCGCAUGUAUAUUUUCAAUACUGAGAUUACGCUGCCUACCGUGUGCUGAAUAAAUUGUGAGUGAGAACAUUUG